AUGACUGCUUCAAGGAACCUGGCAUUUUACCUCUCUUCUCAGCAUUGGUUGAUGGCCCUUGAGGGAGCAUCGCCAGGGACUCAUGAGCACCACUAUAGCGGCACAGAAGGUAUUCAUAAGAACAUACUCAAGCUCUUGACCCUUCUGCUCAGGACAUCCAAACUCUUCCCGUUUCAUCGUGCGACUUCCCAUUGUGCCAAUGAAGUUCAUCUUUCUAAGUCUGAUAUUAGUCUGGUGAAGAACAAUGAGAUGGUGGAGCUACAGAGAAUACGAAUGAAGGAUGAAAUCCGAGAAUAUAAAUUCCGGGAGGCCCGACUCCUUCAGGACUAUACUGAACUGGAAGAAGAAAACAUCACAUUGCAGAAACUAGUGUCCACGUUAAAACAGAACCAGGUUGAAUAUGAAGGAUUAAAGCAUGAGAUUAAGCGCUUUGAGGAGGAGACAGUCCUGCUGAACAGCCAGCUGGAGGACGCCAUCCGACUGAAAGAGAUCGCCGAGCACCAACUGGAGGAAGCCCUGGAGACACUGAAAAAUGAAAGGGAGCAGAAGAACAACCUGCGCAAGGAGCUAUCCCAGUACAUCACCCUCAACGACAACCACCUCAGCAUCUCAGUGGAUGGCCUCAAGUUCGCCGAGGACGGGAGCGAGCCCAACAAUGAUGACAAGAUGAAUGGGCAUAUCCACGGGCCCCUGGUGAAACUGAAUGGAGACUACCGGACUCCCACCUUGAGGAAAGGGGAGUCCCUGCACCCUGUCUCUGACUUGUUCAGUGAGCUGAACAUCUCAGAAAUACAGAAGUUGAAGCAGCAGCUGAUGCAGGUAGAGCGGGAGAAGGCCAUUCUCCUGGCCAAUCUCCAGGAGUCACAGACACAGCUGGAGCACACCAAGGGGGCACUGACGGAGCAGCAUGAGCGUGUUCAUCGGCUCACAGAGCACGUCAACGCCAUGAGGGGCCUGCAGAGCAGCAAGGAGCUCAAGGCGGAGCUGGAUGGGGAGAAAGGCCAGGACUCAGGGGAGGAGGCCCAUGACUAUGAGGUGGACAUCAAUGGCUUAGAGAUCCUCGAGUGCAAAUACAGGGUGGCAGUAACUGAGGUAAUAGAUCUGAAAGCAGAAAUCAAGGCCUUAAAGGAGAAGUAUAAUAAAUCUGUAGAAAACUACACAGACGAGAAAGCCAAGUACGAGAGUAAGAUCCAAAUGUAUGAUGAGCAGGUGACGAGCCUAGAGAAAACCACCAAGGAAAGUGGCGAGAAGAUGGCUCACAUGGAGAAGGAAUUGCAAAAGAUGACCAGCAUAGCCAGUGAAAGUCACAAUACCCUCAAUACGGCCCAGGAUGAACUGGUGACGUUCAGUGAGGAGCUAGCUCAGCUUUACCACCAUGUGUGUCUGUGUAAUAAUGAAACUCCCAACAGGGUCAUGCUGGACUACUACAGGCAGAGCAGAGUCACCAGAAGUGGCAGUCUGAAAGGGCCCGAUGAUCCCAGGGGACUUUUGUCUCCGCGAUUAGCCAGGCGGGGGGUGUCAUCCCCAGUAGAACCAAGGACCUCAGCUGAACCAGUUUCAAAAGAAAACACAGAGGCCAGCAAAGAACCAAGUCCAACUAAGACCCCCACAAUCUCUCCCGUUAUUACUGCCCCACCAUCAUCUCCAGUGUUGGAUACAAGUGAUAUCCGCAAAGAGCCCAUGAAUAUCUACAACCUCAACGCCAUAACGGACCAAAUCAAGCACCUGCAGAAAGCAGUAGACAGGUCCUUGCAGCUGUCUCGGCAAAGGGCAGCGGCCCGGGAGUUAGCCCCCAUGAUCGAUAAGGACAAGGAAGCCUUAAUGGAAGAGAUCCUCAAGCUGAAGUCCCUACUGAGCACCAAACGGGAGCAGAUCGCCACACUGAGGGCCGUGUUGAAAGCCAACAAACAGACAGCUGAGGUGGCCCUAGCUAAUCUGAAGAAUAAGUAUGAAAAUGAAAAGGCAAUGGUGACGGAAACGAUGACAAAACUCAGGAAUGAACUGAAGGCUUUGAAAGAAGACGCCGCCACCUUCUCCUCCCUGAGAGCCAUGUUUGCCACAAGAUGUGAUGAAUACGUCACACAGCUGGAUGAGAUGCAGAGACAGUUAGCAGCUGCAGAGGACGAGAAGAAGACUCUGAACACUUUGUUACGAAUGGCUAUCCAGCAAAAACUCGCCCUGACCCAGCGGCUGGAGGACUUAGAGUUUGACCAUGAGCAGUCCCGACGCAGCAAAGGCAAACUUGGAAAGAGCAAGAUCGGCAGCCCUAAAGUAAGUGGGGAGGCGUCAGUCACCGUGCCUACCAUAGACACUUACCUCCUGCAUAGUCAGGGCCCACAGGCACCCACCAUUCGGGUCAGCAGUGGCACUCAGAGGAAAAGACAAUUUUCACCUUCCCUUUGUGAUCAGAGCCGUCCCAGGACUUCAGGGGCUUCCUACCUACAGAAUUUAUUAAGAGUCCCCCCUGAUCCCACCUCCACAGAAUCAUUUCUUCUGAAGGGCCCCCCUUCCAUGAGUGAAUUCAUCCAAGGGCACCGGCUCAGCAAGGAAAAAAGGUUAACCGUGGCUCCACCAGAUUGUCAGCAGCCUGCUGCCUCCGUACCGCCACAGUGCUCACAACUAGCCGGGAGGCAAGACUGCCCAACUGUCAGUCCUGACGUAGCCCUCCCUGAGGACCAGCCACAUUCCAGCUCGCAGUGCACCCCUCUCCACUGUCUCUCCAAGCCUCCUUGCCCCUAG